AUGGGCGCUGCGAGAGUAUCUCGUCUGCGCUGGACCGUCCCUCCUGCCGCCUUAGCGGCAUACACGGUGGGGGAAUUGGCUCAGAGCAGACCCCGGAAUCGACCCGAGCAAUUAGCUUACUUCACUACCUCCGCUGCUCGCUACGAUGUUGAUCGGGACUCGCAUUCCAAUUUUCCGUGGCAUAUUUCAGAUAAACAGGGCAACCAGGCCCCUCCUGACGAUGCAUCUGUCUGGGCCAAGAUUAUCCACAAACUUGACGAUGUCAAGCAUACUGUGGGGACAGGAGAGUGGGGGGAGCUGGGAGAAAACAUCACGAACUACAUUGUCCCCGACUGGGCACGAUUACUGCCAGCAACAGCUCAAAAGCUGCAACGAGAGCUUUCAUUGGCCCCUGGCUCGCUGGCAGACGACAUCUGGAAGGAAGCGCAAGACCCAGAACUCAACCCGGAGAUCCUCAGGGAUGCCAAAGUGCGGGUGAGCGGCGAUCUCUGUACAGAGGAACAGACAUUUAGGCGGAAUCGGCAACAGCAUUCUGUGAAGGCAUUGGCAUUCUACCUUGAUAUUCCCGAGGAGGACAUCCACCCGGAUGAUGUGCCAGUCAUUGCGAUGUGUGGCUCGGGAGGGGGCCUGCGUGCCCUGGUCGCUGGCACUGGGUCCUACCUCGCGGCGCAAAAUGCAGGACUAUGGGACUGUGUCACAUAUACCGCUGGGGUCAGCGGUAGCUGCUGGUUGCAGACUCUCUACCAUUCCUCCAUCGGAGGCCAGGACUUCAACAAACUUGUCGACCAUUUGAAGAAUCGUCUCGGUGUACACAUCGCAUUUCCACCAAAGGCACUUCAUCUGCUCACGACAGCCCCGACCAACAAGUACCUCCUUAGUGGGUUUGUGGAAAAGCUCAAAGGUGACCCCGGCGCAGACUUCGGGCUGGUGGAUAUCUAUGGCCUGCUGCUUGCAGCACGCCUUUUAGUGCCACGAGGAGAACUUGGAGUUUCGGAUUUGGAUCUGAAGCUGUCUAGCCAGCGCGCCAAUCUUUUGAGUGGGGCUCAUCCGCUUCCCAUCUACACUGCGGUGCGCCAUGAGAUACCCGUUCCUGACGACCAAUCUAAGGAGCAUGUGAUGCCCGAAAAGCUCAUGAGAGACGCAAGAAACGAAGCGUGGUUCCAAUGGUUUGAAUUCACACCAUAUGAAUUCUUUUGCGAGGAGCUCAAUGCUGGAAUUCCCACUUGGGCGCUGGGACGGCACUUUGAUGCAGGCCAUAGCCAGCUCCCUCCGGGGGAAUACCCCAUUCCUGAGCUGAGAGUCCCCGGCUUGAUGGGUGUCUGGGGCAGCGCUUUCUGUGCAACGCUAUCUCAUUAUUAUAAAGAGAUCCGACCAUUACUCAAAGGCCUGGCCGGGUUUGGGGGCAUUGAUUCUCUUAUUCAGGGCAAAGAUAAAGACCUGGUCCGAGUUCAUCCCAUUGACCCCGCCGCCAUCCCGAACUAUGUCAUGGGGAUGAAGGACCAGCUUCCAGCAUCUUGCCCGGAAUCAAUCUUCCACAGUAAGCAUUUGCGUCUCAUGGACGCGGGAAUGAGCAACAAUCUUCCCAUCUACCCCCUUAUUCGGCCCGGACGCAACGUCGACGUAAUUGUCGCCUUCGAUGCAUCGGCCGACAUCAAGCAAGAAAACUGGCUUUCUGUUGUGGACGGCUACGCUCGCCAGCGAGGCAUCAAAGGCUGGCCAGUUGGUGCAGGUUGGCCUAAGCAAGAAGAAAGUCUUGAGGCCGCCAAAGAGGCCUUGCGAGAGCCCCAGGAGAUCACCGGCGCACAGGUAAAUGAGAAAAUGGCCAAGGCUCAAGAUCAUGACUGGCCUCUGGACAGCGGUCUGCCCGGCUCCCCCAAGACCAGCCAGUCCCAUCAGGGGAAGACAGGCGCCGCAGACUCGGAUUUGGGCUACUGCAACGUCUGGGUCGGCACAAAGGAAGAGCGCAUCACCGAAGGGGAGCCGCCGCCGUCCAAACGCCUCUUCUACCCCCAGCAUACCGAUCAUUCCGACUCGGACUUCCACCUCAUGCGCCCCGAAGCCGGCAUCGCAGUCGUUUACUUCCCUUUGAUUCCCAACCCAUCGGCCCCAGAUCCACCGCCGGCUUCUGCCCCUGCAGGUCCUCGCGCCGCCGCUAAUUCCUUGCGGCAAAAUAGCUCGAACACCAAAGAUCCGGCUCAGCCCCUCGCGCCGCAUCCCAACUCGAUUGAUCCCAAUGUCGAUGACUUCUUGUCCACCUGGAACUUCAUCUAUACGCCCGAACAGAUCGACUCGGUGGUUGGUCUCGCCCAAGCGAACUUCGACCAGGGCAAGGACCAGGUUCGCCGCGUCGUGCGCGCCGUGUAUGAACGGAAGAAAGAGGAGGAGAAGGAAGAUCGCAAGCGCAUGGAGGGAUUUGUGCCCUUGUAA